AUGGUGGUGCAUGUGACAUGCCGUUUUUGUCAGGAGGCAAGCUCAGACUCUUUCCUGACUGUUGUUGCCGACGACGCGCCGGACCCCGUGGAAAAGGAGGGGAAGGGAUCUGCUCCGCUGUUUGUCUGGCUGUUCGUGCUGGCAUUGUGUUUCGGCUUCGAGACAUUCUUCGUUGCCCCUCUCGUAUCCGGCUUUUCCUUCAAGGGCUUUUGCGGGGAAUCCUGUUCGAAUCGGCUGUUUGCCUGGGCCGUCCACGUGCCUGGCGUGGGGGCCAUACAUCCACUACCGUCCGAAUGUGCAGCCUGUGGCCUUACCAUCAUUGCCAUAUAUGCACUGGUCGGCAUGACAGCCUUCCUUGACCUGCAUUUCCUGUUCUACCUGGUCAUUGGGAUCGGGGGAUACGCCAUGGGCGAGCACCGAGGAUUGCGCAACGUAGUGUCGUCUGCGCUAAGGCAGCUGGACCUGGAUGCGAGUGCACGCAGACAAGAGAUUCACGAGAACGAACUGCGCGACAUGAUAAGUGACGGUCGGGCGAUGGAAGCUGUUUUCGGAAGCGCCUGGCGUCUGGUUUGGAGCUGCGCCGUGGAGUCCCUUUACGAUGAUUGCCUGAUCUCCGAAGCAAUGGCCAACAGCAUGGUGAAUGCGGCGCACACCUUCCGUUGGCGUGAUAGCACUGCUUCCAAGAAACAGUUUGCCCAGAUGUCCCAGUGUUUUACCAAGCUGCGCUUCCGAGCCACACAGCUUCGUGGGGGCUCCUGGCAGCAAGCUGGACGCAGUUGCUGCAUCUCUGAGCUGCAGGUAAUACAUGGGGCAAGAAGUCGACCCAAAUCAUAUCCGGUGCAAAAAUGGGCUGUGAAGCAGGUGAAAGUUUCUACACCAGCCGAACACGCGGAGCUCAUGGAAGUCCUCGAUGACAGGCUCAUAGCCACCGCAGAAGUCCCAGGCCUUGGUGUCCAGAGUGGCUGGCAGCUACUUUCUCGUGGGCCGUCUCAGGUACCUAAUGGAGGAGCUUCCGGGACGAGCACUCCGAAUAGGGUGUCGGUAUCCAGCCGUGGGAGUGCACAUGCGACACCAUUGCGAAGAAAUCUGACAAAGGCGGAAGACCUCGUCGCGCUGAGGAACGCCAGCAGUUUUCGCUUCCCUGCAGAUCUGGAGUUCGCUGACCCGGAGGAGUAUCGGGAGGUUGUGGUGGAAUUUAAUAAGCCACGUUGCAUUUCCGCCAUCUCCUUUUCCACUACUUCGGACGACCGUCAAUUCGAUCCGGUAUGUUGGGAGAUAGAUGGCUCCAUGGAUGGUCAGGUGUGGAUGAGGCUGCAGACGCAGCAACGAGAAUUUGACACCCCAGCAGAGCGGCGCGAGCAUGUCGGAACGUAUUUUGCGUCGGAACCGUGGCGGAAACAGGGUGCCCUUGCAUCAACGCAGGUUGACCUUCAGAAGGUCCCGUCUUGCGUCAGUGAACGACUCUGCUUCUUCGCGAGCUCUCUGCGUGCUCUGCUGAAGCAGAGCAUCCGGCCCGGGUUCCAGAUUCGACCAGGCCGCGAUACAUUGCUGGACAGCAAGGCCGGAGCAAUUCCGACCUUGACCCAGGUAGUCCCGGUCUACGAAGAGCAGGUCAUCCUGACGGAGGAGUUCCUGUGUGCCUCCGAUGGCCGCAACACGAAUCUGGGCUUCCUCAUCGCACAGGCAGAAGACCAGUGGGAGAUUUUCACGCGCAAGCAUGGCAUGGAACCGCGAGAGCUCUUCAACGCCUUCGUGCUGGGUGAUCUCAACGAGUGGGCACGAAGGGCUGAGAUGAAUCAGGACCCGGAUCUCCUUGAGGAAAUCCGAGAGCUCCACCUGCAGGUUCGGCUUUGGGCAUCCCAGCGAUCUCAGACCGUCUACCGCACCGUCGCCGGUGCGAUUGAGUACCACAAGGUCUUGGACAUGCUCCCAGCGGUCCAGGCAUCUGACAGCCCGCCCAAGACCCUGGCAGGCUUGGUGCAGCUGUUCAUCGCUCACCAAACCUACGGCAACAAGAGGUACAAAGAGAGUGUGGACCAAGACAUGAGACGGCUCCUCCUGCAGUAUCGGCACUAUCCUGUCUACCUGGUAUGUGACUACAACGCUGACCUGGCCAGGCCGUCACUGCGGGAGAUGGUGACCUGCUAUGUGGCCCGUGAACACAAGUUCACGGGCAGGGUCCAGUUUGCCUCGUUGCUGCUGGCUUUCAAUGAGAACUACGUGAAGGGCCAGUCCGAGGAAAACAUCGUCAAGGUGCUGGAAGUCUUGCCACGAGUCUAUCCACUCGUGCUGGGAGAGCUGGAGCCUCGUCCGCCAGCCGCGAAAACUCAGGGAAAGGCCGGAAACCAGCUGGGAGCACUUCGCUUCGCGCCGGGCCACUACUUGCAGAUGAUGGAUGCGAACAUGGGUGCCUUCUUCGGGGAGGCCUGCAAGGUGCCCUUCGUGCUGCGACAUUUCCAGCCUCCGGGCUGCGACCGGAGGACGGUCCAAGCACGCAUCAUUGGCUUUCGUGAGCACAUCUUCACUGGAAGCCACGGUGCAGUAGGUGCUGCCAUGGCCGAUGCAGAGUGGACCUUCGGAACUAUUUGCCAGCGGUUCCUGGCGGGGCUUGGGGCACGAAUGCACUACGGGCAUCCUGACUUCUUCGAUGCCUUUUGGGCCUCCAACCGCGGUUCUGUCUCGAAGGCAUCUCCCAUUCUGAACCUUUCAGAAGACAUCUUUGCUGGUUUCAACGUGCUCAUGCGUGGAGAAACUUCGAAACAUGUGGACUGCUUGGAGUGGGAGAAAGGCAGAGAGGUGUCCUUCAACUCUGCAUCUUUGUUCUUUACCAAAGUGGCCAGUGGCAAUGUUGGCGUCAUGCGUUCCAGAGAUCUGAAGAUCCUGACGGGAAGCUUGAACAUCGCCGACAGCUUCUCCUUCUAUUUCGCAUCGGUGGGGUUCUACCUGUACAACGUCGUUACAGACCUUUCGAUGAGGAUUUAUGUCGUGAUCUUUGUUCUCUUGACCCUGUCCUCAAAAAGUCUCGAUGAUGUUGGCAAGUUGGACUCUCUGCUGGCUGCUGAAUGGGUCAUAUCUUUCGGAACACUGGCGAUGUUCCCGCGUUUGAUGGAGCUGACCUUGGAAUUUGGAGUCAUGGAGGGCAUCAUCCGUUUCCUGCCAUCUGUGCCAGGCGCAGUGCUCGUGUUCACUUUCAUGAACAAGUCCAUCGCAGAAGCUGUGGGCUCAACGAUGCAGACGGGGCUGGCGAACUACAUCUCCACUGGGCGACCUAUGGCGAAUGAUCACUACGGCUGGCGAGAUUGCUACUUCUUCUACAGAGAAAGUCAUUACUACCCUGCCCUGCGAAUUCUGAUCAUGUAUGCCGUUUACAGGUUCUUGGCAGAGACUUUUAACGUCGCCGCGCUACCCAUGAUGAUUCUGCUGGGUACAGCCGUGGUGUGGGUUGUUGGCCCCAUCCUUUUCUGCCCACAGCCAACCCUAUGGUCGAUUCGCGACGAUUUAUCCGAGUUCUGGUGCUUCAUAGUCGGGGCGUCCAAUGCUGAUCGCCACAUGGACACCAAAGUGGUAAAUCUUGAGGAGCGACUUGCAGCGAGCAAAGCCGAUCCCCGAGCGAACUUAUAUGAUGUUUGGUUGUUCGACAAGCUGAAGCACAAGCGGGCCCCUGUCUAUGCCCGCAUGAUGGAGCUCGCCGUUGCACUGUAUUUCUUUGUUGUCAUGCUCGCGGUGGUAUUUGGCACCAUGGUGGAUCAGAUUCGUUCUGUUGUGCUACUGAUCUUGGUGAACUACUUUAUUCUGGCAUUAUGGCGUGUCAUCGGCAAACCUACUAUCCUCAUGAUGGUUUCCGGCGUAUUUUGGAUCUGCUCUGUGCCCGUCGUGCUGAACAGCCAGUCCUUGGGAGGGCAGUAUGGCACACUGCUCGUGGCCUUCAUCCUAACGUUUCAAGGCCUCACAGUCAUCGAGAAGUCGCUGCUUCUCCUGGCCUGGGCUGUGCUGCGGCCGGACCCAAACUGCGCCUCCUUGCCCGAAGCGACAUCGGGGGAGCGAGCGCAGAAAAAAGAUGCAGCUCGAAAAGUCGAACUGUACGAUGCUCUCGUGGAAUACCUGUACCUGAACUUCAUGUCUUACCAGUGGCACCUUUACGUCUCAAUCAUGGUCCUGGCGGUGAACUUUGUGACACAGCUCUGUGUGGCAGUUUUAGAGAUGCUUGGAGGUCUUCAGUCUUGGUGGUUGCUCGGUGGCAAGCUCAAGGGGGGCUGCUUCCGAGUUCGAAGGCCGGAGUACAAGCCGCCAGGGAACGACUUUGACCCGCCAUCGGAGCGCCAGAGGCAGCUCUCAGCGUGCUGCGCUUCGAGCUUGGCCUCGGAGGGUUUGAGAGCGCGGCCAGUCAACGGCGACUUCCUGGCACAUGUUGAGGAGUAUCAGGAGACCAUCUCCAAGCACCGUCGGCGACACUCCAGUGGCGAGUUUGUUUGCAACGAGCAGCUCGUGGACACACAGAAUAUAUGGUCAACCAUGCAGAUGAUCGUGAAUGCUGGCUUUUCGUUGACGAGGCGCUACAUAAAUGUCGGUGCACAUGACGGACAUAUUGAUGACCCGCUGUAUGAGUACGCGCGAUCCACAAACGCCAGCGGCGUUGCUGUGGAGCGCCAGCCGGGAUUGUGUGCGCGUCACCGUGAGGCCCUGCCCAAUGUGAAGGUAGUCUGCUCCGAGGCCACGCCACAUGGCAUCCUCGACAUGAUCCGCCCAGUUCUGUCCGACGCGAGAGAGAUAGACGUGAUGAAGGUGGACAUCGACUCGUUCGACUGCCCAGUCCUGGAAACACUCCUGCCGGAGGUCCAAGCGCGGAUCGUUCUUGUGGAGGCCAACCCAUCAAUUCCACCGCCGUACCAGUGGUCCAUGUUGUACCAUCCCGAGCUGUGGCACUUCUUCGCGAACUUCUCGCAGCCAGAGGAGGUGCCGAUUCGAGGGUGCUCACUUUCCUACGAGGUGCAGCUGCUGCGGCGAUUCGGAUACGACUUGAUUGCGUUUGGCGGGCAUGAUGCCGUGUUCGCACAUGAGUCAGUGCGAAGUGCUUUCCGCGCUUUCACAGAAGUGCCAAUGGACGAGUUUGAUUGCUACAACAAGUGCCUUUGCAGCCUGACCUGGCUCAAAAAAGUGUCAGGGGUGUUGGUUUGGGACGGGCUUCCCCGGCAAUGGAUUGAGUCUGCCAAAUUCGACUUACGUUAG